GUCCGUACAGUCAAGACGUCUUAUUAUAAUUGCAGUGUUUUCCGGAAAAGUGUACGCGUUGGUGUUAAACAAUAAAAAAUAUUAGAUUAACUUGUGUAAAUUUAGGGCCUGUUAUGUGAUUUCGGCUUUUAAAACAUUUCAAAAAAUAAUUGGAUUUUAAAAAUUCAUACAAAGCUUUUCUUUAUGAAAGCUGUCUGCAUCAUUUUUAUAGUUGAUCUAUAAACGGAGAUGUUCAAAAAUAUUCUAAAAAUUAUUUUUCAAUAAUUUCAUUGCGAUUUUUAACAACAACCAAACAAGUUAUGUUUAGGUGAGAAAAAAGUUAAAGAAAUAAAUUUAAUAAAACUUCCGUUAAAAGUGUAACAUUUUUUCAAUGAAAUAUUAAAAACCUUAAAAAUGAUACGUCCUACAAGUUAUGAAGAGAUGAAACCCCGAAAUUUUCUGGGAAUUAGACAUUUGCAAGGUCUGCUGCUAUUUUGGGGUUUGGCAGUGGGUUAUGCAAUGAGAAUAAAUUUAUCGGUAUCGAUAAUAGCCAUGACUGAUCCAUUGGAAGAAAAACCAUAUGCACAGAUUUUCGACUGGUCUGAAAGCGUCAAAUCUCUGUUGUUAAGCAGUUUUUUCUGCGGCUAUGUCGGCACUCAAGUACCGGCUGGACCAUGGGCCCGUAAAUGGGGAGCUAAAAUUUUAUUUUUCUAUGCCAUUUUAAUUAGCGCAAUUUUAUGUCUGCUCACACCAUACUUGGUGGAAAUAGGUGAUUGGCCUUUAUUGGUUAUUGUGCGCAUUCUAAAAGGUCUAGCUCAAGGUGUACUCUUUCCCUGUACCCAUACUGUUUUAUCUAAAUGGUCUCCGGCGCAUGAAAGAGCUACUUUAUGUACUUUUGCCUAUGCGGGUACAUUUUUUGGGGCCAUUCUUAUAUUCGGUAAUAGUGGUUGGAUUAUGCCUUCUGCUUUAGGCUGGACUGGUACAUUUUAUUUAUCUGGUGUAUUGGGUAUAGUAUGGUGUAUUGUUUGGUAUAUAUGGGGUGCUAAUACACCUGAUGAUUACAAGGGUAUAACAGUGGAAGAGAAAACUAUGAUUUACAAUUCCUUGGGUAACAAUCAAAAUAACGAUAACGAAAUUGUGCGCAAUUUGAAAACACCCUGGACUAAAAUCUUAACUUCUUUACCCUUUUUGGUUUUGAUGAUCGAUCAUUGUGCGCAUAAUUGGGGUUUCUGGACCUUACUUACACAGCUGCCUUCCUAUAUGAAAUAUGUUUUGGGCAUGGAUAUUAAAAGCAAUGCCCUAUAUUCAUCUUUACCCUAUGCCAUAAUGUUGAUGUUGAGUUUUCUCUUCUGCUUUAUAGCAAAUUAUAUUAACAAACGUCGUCUGUUAUCCACGAACUAUAGUCGUAAAUUAUUUAAUAGCAUAGGCCAGGGUAUACCCAUGAUUGCCUUAAUUACUUUGGCUUUUUGUGAUAGCAGCAAUAUAUUAUUGGCUGUUAUUUUAAUCAUACUAACAGUGGGCUUUAAUGCUGCCUCAUUUUUGGGCUUUCAAGUUAAUCAUAUAGAUUUAUCGCCAAAUUUCGCUGGUGUCUUAAUGGGCAUUACAAAUUGUGCGGCCAAUGUAAUGAGUAUUUUAGCUCCCUUGGCUAAGGGUUUACUGGUGCAAGAUGAGACAAAUAUUUUUGAAUGGCGUCUGGUAUUUAUCAUAGCCGGUGGUUUUUAUGGUAUAGCGAAUUUAUUGUUUGUUACUUUGGGUAAAACUAAGAUUCAGCCCUGGAAUGAUCCUUUACCGGAACCAGCCGAAAUGCAACUUAUGCAGCCUCAUAAGCUAGUUAAUGGAGAGGAGAAGGAAAGGCAAUAAUUUCCUAGAAAUAUAUUUUUCAGUAUUUUAUUUGUUUUUAUUAAGACUUGAAAGUUGCAUUUGUUAAUUCUGAAUUAUUUGUUUAGUCUGAAUUGUUAGAAGUAAAAAAAGUUAUAAUUAUUAUAUGUAAAGUAUAAAUGUCAUCAAAUAAAUUAUUUUGCGAUUAUGUUAUCUGAGAGCAAAUAGCGAUAUUUGUAA